AUCAAUCCUAAGCCGGCCAAAAAAAGGCAGGAGAUGACGGCUCGUGUGCAUAGAGAAAGAAGGCGGGGGCCGUGGAGAAGGGGAGGAGACGGCGGCUGUGGAAUCAAGCGAGAAAGAGAAAUGGGCAGUUAGACAAUUUGACGCUUAAAAACAAAGUCUUUGCAACUUUAAAAAUGGUCUUACUUUUAUGCACAAAAGAAGUCGCUGAAGUUCGCUGAAGUUGAUCGCUGGUGGAAAAUUGAGAGCAGAUGGAGAUUGAGAUCGGGGAAGAUUUGAAGUCCAUUUUGCCCUUUCUGCCGCUGGCAAUGAGGUCGUCGACUUUAUUCUGGCCAUCCCAAGUAGUGGAAACUCUCAAGUCUAUGGCAGCAGGCCCCGAUCAGAGCGGUGUAAAUUCUGGUGAAGCCCUCUUUCACUCCAUCUCUAACAUAAGACAAUCUCUCUCUCUCUCCAAUCAACGCCUCGCUUCUUCUGCUCAACAUGGCUACGCCCUUUUCUUCGACAAGCUUAUGUCUGAAACAGAAUCUAUGCAGUGGUUUGGUGAGGUUAUUCCAGCAUUGGGAAAUCUGCUUCUUCAGUUACCAUUUUUGCUGGAAACUCAUUAUCGAAAUGACGACCAGCUUGCUAGUAAAGGAAGUGGCAAAUUCAAAACCGGUCUUCGUUUGUUGGCUUCUCAAGUUGCAGGCACUGUGUAUCUUAGUCAGGAGUUGAUUGGUGCGCUUCUAGCUUGUGCUUUCUUCUGUUUGUUUCCCGUCAUUGAUAGACGCGCCCAAAAUCUUCCAACAAUUAAUUUUGAUUAUUUAUUUGCGAUUCUCUAUGAUGGACGUAGUAAGAUGCAGGAGAAUAAGAUACGAUGUAUUAUACAUUAUUUCAGAAGGAUCUGUUCCAAUAUUCCGGUGGGCUUUGUCUCAUUUGAAAGGAAAGUACUUCCUUUGAACAAUUGUUCAGGAUAUUUUUGUUGUCCAAAGGCCAAUUUUUGGAUCAACUCCACCAUUCCUCUCUGUCAAUUCAAGGUUAAAGAUUCUGGCCUAAUAGAAGAUCAAACAUUUGGAGCUCUUGAAGUCGAUUUUGCUAAUGAGUAUCUUGGGGGUGGUGCUCUUCAUUCUGGCUGUGUGCAGGAAGAGAUUCGCUUCAUGAUCAACCCUGAAUUAAUUGUUGGCAUGCUUUUCUUGCCAGCCAUGGCAGAUAAUGAGGCAAUCGAAAUUGUUGGGGCAGAGAGGUUCUCAAAUUAUACAGGGUAUGCUUUCAACUUUCGCUUUGCUGGAAAUCAUGACGACAAACAGGAAAAAGAUUCACUUGGAAGACGUAAGACCUUUAUCACAGCUAUAGAUGCAUUGUGCAGUCCAGGGAUGAGGCAGUACAGAUUAGAAUUCCUUCUUCGGGAAGUCAAUAAGGCAUUCUGUGGUUUCUUUGAUCAAUCAAAACAUAAUCAGUAUGAGAGGCUAUUCUUAGAAAGUGGGGAAGAUAUCAUGGACCAUACUGACACGUCAAGAUACAAUCUCCCGGUGCAUGAAUCUGCCUCAGAUACUAGAGAGAAUUGUUUUGGUACAUAUCUCAUUCCAGAAUGCUUGGACCACAAAGAUGAUAUUGGGAUUGCAACUGGCAAUUGGGGUUGUGGUGCCUUCGGAGGAGAUCCUCAAGUGAAGUCCAUUAUACAAUGGCUUGCUGCUUCUCAGGCAUUAAGGCCUUUCAUUUUGUAUUACACAUUUGGCAAUGAAGCACUGCCGCACCUACAAAAGGUGAGUGAAUGGAUUUUGGGACACAAAUGGACAGUUGGUGAUCUUUGGAGUAUGUUGGUGGAGUAUUGUUCUCAAAUAUCAAAUGGACAAACUCAUGUUGGUUUCUUUGAUUGGCUCCUUCCAGCCUCCUCCAAAACUAACUUAUGUUGCUUCUCUUGAUUUGGCUAAUCCUGAAUCCUCUCAACAAUGUUUGUAUUACUUAUGUGUAUGUAUAUAUAAAAGGAACUACAUGAAAUCAACUAAAUAAACUUUUGCACAAUUGAUAAUCUAACAUCUACCACUAAUUUAUUGACUAGGUUAGUUGAUGAUAAGUUAUUGUUAAGUUAUUAACAAUGUAAGAUAGAUGAGUAACUAUUAUUCAAUAUAGAUCAAUUAUCUA